UUAGGUUCCAAGACAGUGAAAGACUAGGGAGAAGGAUGGCUAGUGAGGUUUAGAUCAUGUUGAGCCCUACCUUUGUUUUGUGGGAUGUUGGAUAUCCCUUAUACACCUAUGGAUCCAUCUGCAUUAUUGCAUUAAUUAUUUGGCAAGUGAAAAAGAGCCGCCAAAAAUUAAGGUUGGGACCUAACAGGAGCUGUUGCCGGUGUCACCGAAGAGUCCAACAAAAGUCUGGAAAUAGAACAUCAAGAGCUAGGAGAACUUCCCAGGAAGAAGCCAAGAAGUUGGGGAAGCUGCUCUUUCUCAUGAAAAGCCAGGGCUGGCUUCCUCAGGAAGGAAGUGUGCGGCGAAUUCUGUGUGCAGAUCCCUGCUGCCAAAUUUGCAAUGUUAUGGCUCUGGAGAUUCAGCAAUUGCUGGCGGCUCCAGAAGUUGGCUUGGAUAACAAGAUGAAGCUGUUUCUGCACUGGAUUAACCCUGAAAUGAAAGAUCGAAGGCAUGAGGAAUCCAUUCUCCUUUCUAAGGCUGAGACAGUGACCCAAGACAGGACAAAAAACGUUGAGAAGAGUCCAACUGUCACCAAAUAUCAUGUGUGGGGAGCUACAACAGAGAAGACAACAGAGGACCCUGAGGCUCAGCCUCCUUCUACUGAGGAGGAAGGCCUGAUCUUUUCUGAUGCCCCCCAGUGCCUAAAUAAUCUGCUCUAGCAACACUCCCUUCAGUCCAGCCAAUCCUGGGUCCUGUGCCACUCCUACAAAUGUUCCAAACUCUGUCCUCAAAUGACUUGUGCCACUCAACCAGGAAAUCUAUCCCAGGUCUCAACUCACCUCAGCAGAAGGCACUGGUUUAUGCAAGAAUACCCAUUACAAGAAAAAGGAGUUCAUAGGUUCCUGAACCUCUGCAUCCCCCUGAAAAAGGCUUUCAUUGCCAUUUCCAUUAACAUGCAGGUGAAGCAGGGCAUUCUCCAAAUAUACUUUGUACCUUUAAG